GCAAGGGAACAAGUACGUCCCCCCUGCUUAGGAAGUGGUAAAUAAACGUCGUACUUGUGUUGUUUCAUUCCGGAGGACAAUAGAGGAGGGACCAGCCAGUUUUGAAGAACAUUGUUGUUGUGAGAGUUUCUCGCCCAGGCUGUGUAAACAAAAUGGUGAACUUUAAAGGAUUUCUGAGCACAACACUGGUGUUUCUGAUAUCCGAGCUGUGUCUGGUGUGCUGUGACAUGACGGACGGAAACACAGAACAUCUGAAGCGGGAGAACUCGCUAAUGAAGCCCUACCAAGGUGUUGGCAGCAGCCCUAGCAGUCAGUGGGACUUCUCGGGAAGCACGUUGGUGACGAGCUCAUACGUCCGACUCACUCCGGAUGAGAGAAGCAAGCAGGGAUCCAUCUGGAAUACUGUGCCGUGUUACCUGAAGGACUGGGAGAUGCAUGUGCACUUUAAAGUUCAUGGGUCGGGAAAGAAGAAUCUCCACGGCGACGGCAUCGCUGUCUGGUACACAAAGGACAAACUGCAUCAAGGGCCUGUGUUUUCCAACAGUGCUCUCUUCCACGGGCUGGCCGUUUUUAUAGAUACUUACUCUAACGAUGAUGCAACAGAUCGCUCCUUCCCGUACAUUUCGGCCAUGGUGAACAACGGCUCAGUGAGUUACGACCACGGCAAAGAUGGCCGCGCGUCGGAGCUGGGAGGCUGCUCGGCGGAGAUCAGGAACCGGGAGCACGACACGUACCUCGCCAUUCGCUACUCCAAAGGAAGACUCACUGUGAUGGUUGAUGUGGAGGACAAGAAUGAAUGGAAGGAGUGCAUAGACAUCGGAGGUGUUCGUCUUCCUACCGGAUAUUUCUUUGGUGCCUCAGCAGCUACAGGAGAUCUGUCUGACAACCAUGACAUCAUCUCUAUGAAGCUCUACCAGCUGAUGGUAGAGCACACCCCCGAGGAGGAGAACCAGGACUGGACAAAGAUCGAGCCCAGCGUCAGCCUCCUUAAAUCCCCUAAAGACAACAUCGACGACCCUACUGGAAACUUCCGAGGCACUCCCCUCACUGGCUGGAAGGUCUUCCUGCUUCUGCUGUGCGCUCUGCUGGGAAUCGUGGUGUGCGGCGUGGUGGGAGCUGUAGUUUUCCAGAAGCGACAGGAGAGGAACAAGAGGUUUUACUGAGGAGAGAGAAGAAAGUAGAACCUUACCCGAGAGGUGUUUGUUGUGGAAUGAACGGUUUCCAGAUGACCGAUUUGAGCACGUUCAAUGUGAAUUUCUUUUCUAAAGAUUGUACAAAUGUUAAUAUCUUCGAAGCACUGCGUUUGGAGUGAAUUAUGGCAACUUGUGAUGUUGGCGACCAUUAUGAGUGGCCUUGAUCAAGGCGGUUUUUGUUCUUUAUGUGUUCAUUAAUUGCAGGGUUAGAAUAGCAUAGGCUGACUGUCCUUUAAAAAGUGUUUUAAUGUCUUAAACGAUUGUUCCAACACCUACCUAGUGGCUGGGUAUGUGAUGCAAAAAAAGGGUCAACUUUUGGCACAGGAUAGUAAUUUAGAUCUUUGUCUUCCAGGCUUUUUUAACUGAUUAUUUAUUGGAUAAUGAAAGUAGCUCGACACACCCAAAAUAACAUCCAAUAUAACAAUAAAAAACAUGAACCAUCCACAUUAAAGCCGCGGGAGGCAGAAUAAAAUAAAUAAAUAAAUAAAUAAACAGCCAGAUUAGAAUUGGAGUGAUACCUGGUCCUGCAGCUCUUCUCUCCCACCACCAGCACCGUGUCCUCGUUCAGAUGGCAGCAGUUGCCGGUGCCGCGGCUUGGGCCUCGGGUCCUCGUAGUAGGCAGCUGACCCCCGACUUGUUGGUUCCUCUUUGUACUUUAGAUAGAUGACAAAGUAUCUCACUGUAUCUGAUAGAUGCAGUCCUGGGUCAGGAUUUUUGGCUAAAAUGAACGUAAUUUUAAUCCAAGAGACGUGAAAAAACAUCUGCACAAUAGGAAUGCUCUCUCUCUCUCUCUCUCUCUCUCUCUCUCUCUCUCUCUCUCUCUUCUCUCUCUCUCUCUCUCUCUUCUCUCUCUCUCUCCUCUCUCUUCUCUCUCUCUCUCCAAAAUGACCUGUGAUUGGCCAAAGUCCCCCCGUCCCGGCUAGAUUUAAUAAAGCCUGAACAUAGAGCCAAGGAGGAGGGUCAGAAGUCUAGAUUCCUCUCAAACCACUUCAAUUACAAUAUGCUUUUACUGGCAUGCAGUUUAAAUGAUUUUUUUGCCCAUCGAAGCCAAAAAUAAAGUGCCUACCCCAGCUUUAAAGUCAAUAGCAUUAGCCUGUGUUCGUUCUACACCCGUCUACUCUACGUCCUGUUUAUUUGAACAAUCAAAUAUCUGAUACCACGUAUCCAGUGUCAAGUGUACAGCUUUACAAACUGGGAGAGUCAUAUCUAUGUUAUGUCAGGGUUAAAAAGGUUAGGAAUAGGAGUAGCAAAUCUACAUUGAUGUGACGGCACAAACCGAUAACGUUUUGCUUUAUGUUAUACUGUUUAAUAUCUGGAAAAUAAGAAGGAUGUUUUGUGAAACUCUUAACUAAUUACAACAACUUCUCUCUAAUAUUUUACUGCAGGAUAAGGCCAAUUAAAUGAGUUUAGUGCACAAGUGCUCAAACUCUAAGGCUGAAAUAUUUUAUGCUUAUUUUUCUUUUCCCUGCAGGGUCUUUUGAUCUGCAUUUUUUGGUUUUUAUCCAGAAUAUGCCUUUUUUUUAUUUUUACAAUGUGUUUGUUUUUGGUUAAUGCUAAAUUGUGACAAAAACGUAAAUUCAAUUCUUAACUAUAAUGAAUGAUAGAAAUCAUCAACUGCUACAUAACAAGUGAUUAAUAACAUGCAUGCAGACUAUGCUGAUUAUUACGCUUACAGAACAUGAGUUGCUGAACCCUGAAGUUUAUGAAUGGAUUGCUCACAUAUCACAUUUACACCGUCUGUCAGUGUCAGGAUUUAGUUGGUUUUCUUCCAGCUUACAUUACAAUAGAGUUUGGUUUGUCUUUGCAUUGUUAAACAACAUUUAACAAAAUGCUAAAAGUAAAAUCAAGGAUUUGAUGACAUCUUUGUACUUUCAGCAUCAGUCUUUGGGUUUUUUUUUUUUUUUUUUUUUAGAGUCAGUAUUCUUUUUCCUGUGUUCUUGAAACCGUGGAUUUAUUUCUGCCACAUGAGCUGGUUUUGUGAUGAGACUUAAAACAACUCCUCAGCAGAAAUAAUGUAAUAAAACGAAGGAAAAAAAGAAAC